CAAGGGAGCACUAACUGAACACACUCACCAACCAGAACGCUGUUCAUUACCAGAAGAGCCAUGUAGAAAAUCCAGCCAGUGCUUCAAGACUUCCAGAGACAAUCCCUUGGUGACAAAUAAGGCUGAACAUAAAGCUAAAAAGCCACUCACAUCCGCAAGGAUGUGCUCUGCGGCUGCCUUCCAGUCCUCAGACGUGACAAGCAACAGGAUGGAUGGGAAUGAGAACACCGUGCACAUUCCCAACUACCUGGAUCAGGAGAUAAAGAUUCUGGCGAAGCUCUCUGAAAUUUUACAUACCGACUCUCUGGCGGAGGUUCUGAACUGGCUGCUUCAAGCAAGCAACAAAGAAAAGGAAUGGGUAUCAGCUCUGGUUCAUUCUGAGGUAGCUGAGAUAAACCUGCUGACUCGCCACAGAACAAACACCCCAACAGAACCAGCCGCAGAGUCCAGGAAGCCGUACACCUCCGGAACACCCACAACCAAACUGCUGCAAAACUCACGUGCAAAACUGAAAGCGCUGACUGGAUCUAGAGAGCGUCAGCUACACAGAACGUCAAGUCAAGGAUCCGAAGGGAACAAGCCGGUGUCACGCGGGGCGGAGACCCCACUGUUUAUAAGAAGAAACAAGAAGCAAAUACCUGUUACAGAGUAUCUCAAUCCAAAGUCUCCUCUUGGGUCCAACAGUGUGGUGAGCAGAUCACCAAAAUCGGGGUCAGCCAGGAGUGCAAAAGGCCACAGCCCUCAAAGAGUUUUCUAUCCUUAACACAGCAAACCGGGGUCAGCCAGGAGUGCAAAAGGCCACAGCCCUCAAAGAGUUUUCUAUCAUUAACACAGCAAAGGUAGAGAGGAGUGCUGGGUGGUUCUUUAACAAAGAUGGGCUUCACACUGACAGAACAUCAAAGUAAUUUUAAAAAUAACCAACCCGUCCUCUAUAUGGUGGCACAUGUAAGUCUCAAAAACAAUUACAUAUAAUGCUAGAAAUAAAUA